AUGUCGUGGCUUCUAUCGUUACUUGAACGACUAAUUCCAUUAAAGUGGAGAAUGGCCUAUUGGCUUGAGCGUCGCAGGUCUUUCGAUUACGUCAAGACAAAGCUUGGCAUGCAAAAUGUGCCUUUGAGUGAGUUAUCGAAGCACAAGCACUAUCCACUAUUUUCCAAAUAUCAAGAUGACAUUCUGAUGAUAAGACUCACAGCUCGACUCAACAGAGGUGAUUCCACUUAUUCCGUGUGGAAAAACUUAAAGCUCGACACGAUUUCUCCGCAGCACGACAUGACAAUCAACGAGCUACGUCAUGAGCUUGAGAAGAUUGAAAAUACAAAGGUUUUUCAAGUGUACAAACGCUAUGCUGUUAUGUUUGAUAAAACGAUGUCCAAGAGUCUGGACCCGACCUUUGACGAGGAUGCUGUCACAUUGGAAAAGAUGGCAAGAGCUCAUAUCUGGGCCGAAAAUCACUGGCAGAAGAAUGACGUCAAGAGUUUUCUAGGUUUGUCGUAUGCAAGUGAAGAUGAGCUCAAAAGGAAUGAGCUUUACCAGUUUUUCUUGGACAAAGUCAAAGAGAGACGAUCAGCUCCACAACAAUGGGAUUUGUAG